UGAUUAUCUGAUUCCUGUGACGGAACUAUUUCCUGUCUCUGGCGUCUCCUGCCUACUUCCUACUGAGACGUUUGAAACGCUCGGCUGGUUUGAUGAACAGCAGCAGACUGGGUUUCCUUCGUCAGUUGAACUGGUUGUUGUUGGAUGAUGAAGUCUCUACUGGUCUGUCUGCUGCUUCUCUCUCUGAGCGGCUUCAGGUGGGAGCGCUGCGCUGCCGCUCGGACUAUUCAGGUGAGAGUCGGGGAGAACGCCACCUUGCAAUGCCCCCUGCUGGCCGGCUCCACCUCCUCUCCUUCCACACUCAGCUGGUACAGGAAGGUCGCUGGACUCAGCCCUCAGCUGCUCCUCAGCUUCAGGACCACCAACGCCUCCAACGUGACCUUCGGCUCCGGCGUCCGUUCUGAAAAGCUCUCCGUGUCGUCUAACGGCUCUCUGCUGCUGCGAGGCUCCGAGCAGAGCGACUCAGCGGUUUAUUACUGUGGGAUCAGCCUCGGCCAGGAGAAGGAGAAGAAGAAACUUGCAUGAUGUGAAGUCACAGCUGAUGUUAGUUUAGUUUCUCACUUCCAGUAUUUCAGUUCAUUGUUCAGUUUGUGAGCUUCUGUUUUCUCUGAUAGAGUUGAUUUCAACAGUUUUGACCUGAUUGCAGCUUGUUUGAAUUAUACACUGAGUGACCAGACAGGAAACACCUGUAUGAUGUCAUGCACUGCA